AUGAAAGAAGAACACGAGAAUCAAUUUCUCUUUUUCUCUUUCUCUCACUCGCACGCAUGCGCACAGAGAAAACCUCUUCAUGCCUAUCUAUCUAUCUAUCUAUCUAUCUAUUUCGCUCUCUAUUUCAGACUCUUCAUGUCUAUCUAUCUAUCUAUCUAUCUAUCUUUCGCCCUCUUCAUAUCUCUCUCUCUCUCUCUCUCUCUCUCUCUCUUUCCCUCCCACUUUUUCUCUUUACAUUCUUUCUUCAGGAACUCUUUCCUCUUUCUUUCGCCUUUCUAUCUUUUCUUUUUUUUCACUCAGUCUGCUUUUGUUUUCAAUGACAUCGCCUCUCGUUCUUCCUUCCUCGCUUUCUUUUAUUCUUUACGUUUUCACCAACUCAUUUUCUCCUUUUUAUUUAAAUUUUGUUUCUAUUUCAGCCUCUCCAAUUUUACAUUCCAUCCUCUCUCUCUCUCUCGCCUCUUAUCUCUGCUUCUUUUCCUCGCUCUGUCGCACUCUCUCUUCUUUCCCCUCACUUGUACUUACUCCAUUACUCAAUCACUGUCUUCUUUUCCUAAUCCAUCAGCCUCAUUCUCCCACCCAGCUUUUCUGUCUUCCUCCUUUUGCCCGGUUCUUCCCUCAACACACGCCUCACUCUCUCUUUCUCGCUAUUUUAGAAUCAUUCUUUUAUCCGCUUAUGUAACAAACCGUGUUCAUCAUUUGCCCCCACCCCCCAAAAAAAAGAAAUUAACAUUGGACAACGUUCUUGUGCGAUUCCCCCCCCCCAUCUUUAUCCAGAGGUUUUAUAAAUUCGUUCGGUUAGUAAUCUCUCUUUCUCUCUCUUCACUCCUACACACUCUCUCACUCUCUCUCUAA